AUGGGAAUUGAACUGAAAAGUAAUGGUGUAACACUGCGAAAACAGUAUCAACACCACCAUCACGGUAACACCAACAACAUUGAUGAACACUCACUAUCAUUGAAGCUAAGCAAAUUGUGCUCCAUUCAAUUUCGCAAUUUAUGUGCUCAACAUCAACAACAACAACAACACGAGCAGCAGCAAAAAGUCUUCAACUCGGGAAAAUGUGCUAGCCCUUUUCGAGCAACCAACAGGCGACGAAGCUUAACAAAUACCUUACUGCUGAAUAUAGAUGGUGGUGAUUGCACCAUUUCCAAUGCUUUUGGAGAAUCGCCACAAAGCUUAAUUCAAUUCGCUAAAUUUAGACUAUUGACUUGUUUUGCCACAGUUCAUCUUCCAAAAGAUGAUAAGCUCUUGUUUGUUACAAGAAUCAGUUAUGGCGAUGCCAACCCUGAAUUUCAGAUUCAAUUGCCCCGUAUCCCUCCUAAUAUUUCAAAAUGCUUGAUUAAAUUGUGGUGGCUUAAUGAGCACGACUGGCAAUUGCUCUGCGUUUACAAGUUGAGAUUGUGUUGUCUUAUAGAGGUCAUAGAAGGUGAAAAUGAAGCAGGCGUGCCUACAUUCAAGGAGAAUGCAAUUUGUGCUGAAUUGGAUGGUCAUUGGUAUACAUUCCCAAAUAUGAUUGCAAAAGAUACUGGAUGUGAAACAAACGAUGAAAAUGAAAUAGAAGCUAAAGUGGAAAAACUGGUAAAAGACCUGGUAAAAGACCUGGUAAAAGAGCAAAAGAGCCAUUCUCAACGGAAUUUUUCCAGUAACCAAUACAAACUAUAUCAAAAUCCCAUUCCUUCAUAUACAUUUGAUCAAGUGCGUACAAUCAACAAUUUGACCAAUUCAGUAAAGGAGCUCGAGGUACUGAAUACUAAGCUAAAAAGGCAAAUUCGACGAUAUGUCGAAGCACAUAAUGUGGAAACUAUCAAUAAUUUACCCAACCUAAUAAUAAAAUUAAAGCACAAAUGUGUAUCUCUAGACAUGGAUUUGGAAAAUUGCCAAAAAGCAAUAGACCAUUCCAAGAGAAAAAUUGUGAAAUUGAACCUGCAGAUUGACGAAUCGAAAAGCAUACUUGCCAACUUUGGAAAAGUUGAAACCGAUUUGAAACAGAAACUGGAACUACUCGACAAUAGUCUCUCUCUUUCAAUAGAGAGAAUUUAUGAAACAAAAGAAGAGAUUAGGCACAUUUUAAAGAAAUACGUACUUCUCAUUAAUGAGAUCAUCCCAAUCAAACAAGUUUCCUGUACGUCGCUUUUUUCCAUCAUGGGAUUUGAGUUUCCACAGAGUUUCAAGGCAUUAAAAGAAGUUUGUUAUUACAACCAACUCUCUUUGAAAAACGUUUAUUAUGGACCACACUUUGACACAACUGUACAGUUACAUGAGUUCAAUAUCUCACAAAUCAAUGCCAGCUUAGGUUUAAUUGCACAAGUAUUGAUUAUUUUGGCAAAGAUUUGUUCAGUUUCUUUGACUUACAAAAUGGUCUUGAUGGGUAAUGUAUCUUAUAUUGUUGAAGAUGUCAACACUUACCCUAUUCUUGGGAAACGGCCAAAUGUCAAGAACCUUGCAAACGGUAAAUUUCAAUGUCAAGAAACAUUUGGUUUUCCGUUGUUUUAUGAUCUGAAAGAUGUGAAUAACGAAAACAUAUUGACUACUCAGGGAUCUAUCAUCAUGAAUCAGGAGUUUGAGUAUGCACUAAGUUUACUAAGCAGAAAUAUCAGGCAGCUCAUUAGUUAUACAAAAGAAGAUAUUUACAAUGCAGAUAUCAACUCUGUACCUGUUGAAAGUCUGGAUGAUCUUUUAUGGAGUUUGACGUAUCUAGAGUUGUUAAUGACUGUAUAA